UUCCAAGUUGGGUAUAUCCUAAAGAUAAAAAGAAUUAUAAAAAACAAAAUUAAAAAUAAAAAGAUUUUCAUUUAUCAUAUUGAUGAUAGUGUUAAUAUUUUUAUUCUCAGGUUGUGUGAAUAUUUUGUGAUAAGCAAUUUUGUAGGCUGCAUUGAGAAUAGAGGGUUUUCGCAUGUGAGAAAAGAGAAAUGAUAUAAGAUCAAUGAGAUUAAGUAAAAAUCCUAUAAACCUGAAUUUGAAUUAGAAGCAACAGUAUAAACUAAUGAUAAUGUGUAUUUAUAUAUCUGUGUACAUGUUUAUAUAGAUAUGUGUGUAUAUACUGUCUUGGAUCUGUGUACUGAAAUGGCAUUGAGUAUCCCUAUUACUGAGAUUGUGGAUUCCGAAUACCAUUUCGUACUAAAAGGAAUUAGGGCUUCUUUAAGUAAAUGACUGGUUCCAAGUUGAAGGCAAAACAAAUAUAAGAUAUGCCUGGAAUAAGUUAUAAUGCCAGAAAGGUAAGGAAGCUCUUGGAGGCGGAGGUUAAGAUUAUGUCAUAAGGUCAGGAACCAAUUUGAAUAAGGCUCUGCUGUCCAAAGACGGGACAGUUUGAACUUCAAUAAGGAUAACCACAAAGAAUUGAAACCUAUCACAUAAGUUUGUUCAUAAGUCUAUGAAUUCAUAACUUUUAAAACUCACUGAUUGUCUUUAAGGAUGCUAGGAAGCUGUUACUAAUUGUUUUGAAAAUUAGUAAAUAGAAGUAAAAAAGUAUUCAUUUAUUCUGUUCUUACUAUACAGACUGCAUCAGGACAACUGAAUAGUUGAUGAGUUUUUUUUAUAGAAAUAUUCCUGCUAGCAAAUAAAGAAAGAAUGAUAGACUAUCACGUGAUUGUUUUAUAGCCCCCUUAAUGGAUUGCUCUAGUUGGUGAUCAUUAGUAACUGCUUAUAUCAAAGAAAGGGAAUUCAGUAGACAUUUGAACUUACCGUUGGAAGUACAUACUACCUGCCACCUGUGAAGCAGUCUUGGCAAAAAAGAAAAAAAAAAGUGUUUUGCUUUGUUUUGUUUGUUUUCAGAAACAGAGUCGGUCUGUUGCCCAGAGUGGAGUGCAGUGGUAUCUCGGCUCACUGCAACCUCCACCUCCCAGGUUCAAGCGAUUAUUGUGCCUCAGCCUCCAAGUACCUGGCAACACUGGUGCGUGCCACCACACUGGCUAAUUUUUUUUAUUUUAGUAGAGAUGUGGUUUCAGCAUGUUGCCCAGGCUGGUCUGGAACUCCUGAGCUCAGGCAAUCCAGUCCACCCACGUCAGCCUCCCAAAGUGCUAGGAUUACAGGCAUGAGCCACCACGUCUGCUCCCCACCAAAAAAGAUUUUAAUACAGAAUGAUCCUGAAUCUGAUGAAAGCUCUAGAUGUGUUUAUUAAUUUGUUGUAAAUACAAGAGUCAGAAGAACAUACUAAACUACAUCAUGGUAAUAUAUUUAGCAGAAUCCAAACUAUAGGAAACUACCAGGUAACCUGAUUUCUUCAACAACAAAAAAAUUGUAGAGGAGAGGGAACCCAUAUAAGGAGAUUGAAGAGACAUAGCCAUCCAGUCACAAUGUGUAGACCUUAUUCAGAUCCUGAUUCAAACAAAGAAAAAACGAUUUGGGAAAUGUUAACACUGCCUAGGAGGUUCAUAUUAAGGAAUUAUUGUUUGUUUUAGAUGUGAUAGUGGUACUGUAGUUGCUUUACAUACUUCCUUCUAGAGGUAAAUAGGGAAAUAUUUACAGGUGAAAUAAUAUGCUAUCUGAUUUGCUUGAAAAUAAUCUAGAGGAAUUGGGUAGAUAGUGGACUGGGAUAUGGUUGAUACUUACACCUGUAAUUUCAGCACUUUGGGAAGCUGAGGCGGGAGAAUCACUUGAGUCCAGGAGUUUGAGGUUGCAGUGAGCUAUAUUGGUGCCACUGCACUCCAGCCUUGGCAACAGGGCAAGACGCUAUUUCUAAAGAAAAAAACAAAAAACAGCUACAAAUUGGUAAAUGUUGGUUGAAACUUGGCAAUGGGUGGAGGUCCAUUAACUAUUUACUUUUUUAUAGUAUAUUUUUUCAUUUUUAUCACAAAAAAUUAUGAAAGUUUCUCCUGCAAAGGAAGGAAAAACUAGUAGGAAGGAAUAAGAAUAGAGAAACUCAGUCAUUUAAUUGUCCUUUGUAUAUGAAUGCUAGGAGAUUUGAUGUUUAUGGAGUAUUAAUCACAAUCAAGAAAUGUUUUACUGUUCAACAGUGCACAGCACCACAGAGAUUGAGAUCUGUCCCUGUACUUCACUGGGGUGAUAAAGUGGAAACUAGAGACUUAAAUGUCGAGUAAUAACAGCAGUCCAGUGGACACAGAGAAGCAUAAGGAAGACGUAGCAGUUUCCUUCAGAAAGGUUGGAAUAGGACUGAAGACUUUUGAGAUGCUUUCUUGUUUAGCAGGGAUGUAGAGUUCGGAGGAUAAGACACAUGCUAGAUGAGGGAUUGAAGGCUUGUCCUCUGGUCUCGGCUUUGCUGUUUUACUUUUUUUUUCCCCCUUGGAGAUGGAGGAGUUUCACUUUUGUCGCCCAGGCUGGAGCGCAGUGGCGUGAUUUCAGGUUCAAGCAAUUCUCCUGCCUUAGCCUCUCAAAUAGCUGGGAUUACAGGCGCCCACCACCACAGCCAGCUAAUUUUUUGUAUUUUUAGUAGAGACGGGGUUUCACCAUAUUGGCCAGGCUAGUCUCAAACUCCUGACCUUGGAUCCACCCACCUCGGCCUCCCAAAGUGCUGGAUUUACAGGUGUUAGCAACCACACCUGGCUCAUUUUACUCUUUAUUUGACUUUGGGUAAGUCAUUUUAACAUCUCUACUUUAAUUUCCUCAUUCAGAGUAUUGAGAAUGAUGCCCAUCCUGUCUUCAGGAAAGUCUUGGUGUAAGAAUAAAGUGACUGAGCACAUGAAAAAGCCCUUGGUAAACCAUAUAUUCCCAUUCUGAUGUGAGAUACUCCUUCUACAGUCACUAAAAGGAACAUGAAGUUGGGGGGAAUGUUUAAAAAAGGGAGUGAGGAGGGGAGGUAUGCCAUUGCUUUUCUGUUUUAAUGUUUUCGUGGGUUUUUUUCCAUUUUUUAAAUUGUCGCUUAAAAAUAUAUUUACCAUUUUAGCCAGUUCUAAGCGUAUAUAUAGUUCUGCGACAUUAAGUACAUUCAGAUUGGUGUGCAGCCAUCACCACCAUCCAUCUCCAGAACUUUCUCAUUUUCCCCAGCUGAAACUUUGUACUUACUAAAUACUAACUCCCCAGCCCCUGACAACCAUCCUUCUACUUUCUGUCUCUAUGAAUUUGAUUACUGUAAGUACUUAAUAUAAGUGGAAUCCCUAUUUGUCCUUUUGUGACUGGCUUAUUUCACUGAACAUAAUGCUGUCAAGAUUCAUCGGUUUUAGCAGGUGUCAGAAUUUCCUUCCUUUUUAAGGCUGAAUAAUCCACUCUAAGUAUACACCACAUUUUGUUUCUCCAUUCAUUUGUCUGUGGACACUUGAGUUGCUUCUACCUUUUGGCUAUUGUGAAUAAUGCUCUUAUGAACAUGGGUGUAUACAUAUGUAUUUGUAUUGAGGAAGCAGUGUGUUUUUAAAAAUUAUUGCUUAUGGAAACAUCCAGAGUCAUAUUCGAGGAUAUAUGUACACUGUGAUCUAUGAGGCUUUUUUCUAGGAAAUUUUUUGUUUCCGAGUACUAAUCCAAUUUUUUUAACCGCAAUCUUCUAAGAGUCUAAGACUAUAAAGGAAUAUGGAUCCCAAGAGAUAAUUUUUGGACUCUAAAUCUUAAAGAAUGAUUACAGAUAAGCCUUUUCUUAAUUUUUUUUUUUAACUAAUUUUAUUCAGCAGUUUUCAACUUAAUGCCAGGUACUGUAUUAUGUGGUGAGGAUUUAGAGUUGAAUAAAUGAAAUUCAAGUGGUGAAAAGUACUACUGCAAAGAAAACAAACUGAAGAAAGGUAAUAGUGAAUGAUGGUAUAGGAUGUUAUUUUAUAUAGGCUAACCAGGGAAGUCUUCUCUGAGAGGUGGCAUUUGAGCAAAGACUUCAGUGAAAUGAGAAUGUGAACCACGUGAAGACAUUUCGGAAGAGCGGUGCAGGCAAAGGGAAGAGCCCUGAGAAAUGGAUGAAAAGAGGCUGCUGGAUCCAGGGUUGAAGGUUCGUAAAGGCCUCUGGGAUUAUGCUCUGAAGAACCCACAGACGGAAUGCCUGAGUGACUGAAGAAAAUGGGUGCUAAUGCAUCUAAUUAUCCUCAUUCAUGUUCCCCGAGGGUAGGGGGAAAUUCACAGGCCCAACAGACUUUUAUAGGGACAUCAUCCUAUUCUCAGCAAGGCUAUGGUUGCGAAUCAAAAUUGUAUAGCCUUGACCAUGGCCAUGAGAAACCACAAGACAAAAAAAAGAGAACCUCUGGCCUUGCCACCCUCAAAAAGAAGUUUAUUAAGCGUCGAAAAUCUAAUAGGUCUGCCGAUCAUGCCAAGCAGAUGCGAGAACUCCUCUCUGGGUGGGAUGUUAGAGAUGUCAAUGCAUUAGUGGAGGAAUAUGAGGGAACGUCAGCAUUAAAGGAGCUUUCUCUACAAGCCAGUUUGGCUAGACCGGAAGCCCGGACAUUGCAGAAAGAUAUGGCUGAUCUUUAUGAGUACAAAUAUUGUACUGAUGUAGACUUAAUAUUUCAAGAAACUUGUUUUCCUGUCCAUCGUGCCAUUUUGGCAGCAAGAUGUCCAUUUUUUAAAACCCUGCUUUCUUCCUCACCUGAGUAUGGGGCAGAGAUAAUAAUGGACAUCAAUACAGCUGGUAUUGAUAUGCCCAUGUUUUCUGCUUUGUUACACUACCUUUAUACAGGAGAGUUUGGAAUGGAGGACUCAAGGUUUCAAAAUGUCGAUAUCCUUGUUCAGCUUAGUGAAGAAUUUGGAACACCAAAUUCCCUUGAUGUAGAUAUGCGUGGACUCUUUGAUUACAUGUGCUAUUAUGAUGUCGUCCUUAGUUUUUCGUCAGACUCUGAACUGGUUGAAGCUUUUGGUGGAAAUCAGAACUGUUUAGAUGAAGAGCUCAAAGCCCACAAGGCGGUUAUUUCUGCACGGUCCCCAUUUUUUCGAAAUUUAUUACAAAGGAGGAUACGAACUGGUGAAGAAAUCACAGACCGAACUUUGAGGACUCCCACAAGAAUUAUAUUAGAUGAGUCAAUUAUACCAAAAAAAUAUGCAAAAGUGAUAUUACACUGUAUGUAUACCGACGUGGUGGACCUCUCUGUUUUGCACUGUAGCCCCUCUGUCGGGAGUCUCAGUGAAGUUCAGGCUCUCGUCGCAGGAAAGCCAAACAUGACCAGGGCAGAAGAAGCCAUGGAACUUUACCACAUAGCACUGUUCUUGGAAUUUAACAUGCUUGCACAAGGCUGUGAGGAUAUCAUUGCUGAGAGCAUCUCAUUAGAUACCUUAAUUGCCAUCCUCAAGUGGAGCUCUCAUCCAUAUGGCUCUAAAUGGGUGCACCGACAAGCUUUACAUUUCCUCUGUGAGGAAUUUUCCCAGGUCAUGACUUCGGAUGUUUUUUAUGAACUCAGCAAAGACCAUCUGCUUACUGCUAUCCAGUCUGACUACCUACAGGCAAGUGAGCAAGAUGUCCUUAAAUAUCUGAUUAAAUGGGGAGAGCAUCAGUUGAUGAAAAGAAUAGCAGACAGAGAGCCAAACUUACUGAGUGGCACUGCCCACAGUGUGAACAAAAGAGGUGUAAAAAGACGAGACCUGGACAUGGAAGAGCUCAGAGAGAUCCUUUCUUCUCUCUUACCUUUCGUGCGAAUUGAACACAUCUUACCUUUAAACAGUGAAGUCUUAAGUGAUGCACUGAAAAGAGGCUUGAUUAGUACUCCUCCAUCAGAUAUGCUUCCUACAACAGAAGGUGGGAAGUCAAAUGCCUGGUUACGGCAAAAAAAUGCUGGCAUCUAUGUUCGUCCUCGACUCUUCUCUCCCUAUGUGGAAGAAGCAAAGUCAGUGCUAGAUGAGAUGAUGGUGGAACAAACAGAUCUUGUGCGCUUGCGAAUGGUUAGAAUGUCCAACGUGCCAGACACACUCUACAUGGUCAAUAAUGCCGUGCCACAGUGUUGUCACAUGAUCAGCCACCAGCAGAUCAGCAGCAACCAGUCAAGCCCUCCUUCAGUUGUAGCCAAUGAAAUUCCAGUUCCGCGUCUCCUCAUUAUGAAAGACAUGGUCAGACGACUGCAGGAGCUGCGGCACACGGAGCAGGUGCAGAGGGCCUAUGCGCUCAACUGCGGGGAGGGCGCCACCGUCAGCUAUGAAAUUCAGAUUCGAGUACUGAGAGAGUUUGGUCUUGCAGAUGCUGCUGCAGAGCUCUUGCAGAAUCCUCACAAAUUCUUUCCUGAUGAACGCUUUGGGGAUGAAAGUCCUCUCUUGACAAUGAGACAGCCUGGGAGAUGUCGUGUAAACAGUACCCCUCCUGCAGAAACCAUGUUUACAGAUCUGGACUCUUUUGUGGCCUUCCAUCCACCCUUGCCUCCUCCACCACCUCCCUACCACCCCCCAGCUACGCCAGUCCAUAACCAGCUCAAAGCAGGCUGGAAACAAAGACCUCCCAGUCAGCAUCCUUCACGUUCAUUUUCUUAUCCCUGUAAUCAUUCGCUGUUCCACUCCAGAACAGCUCCUAAAGCUGGCCCUCCCCCAGUCUACUUGCCAAGUGUUAAAGCAGCGCCUCCUGAUUGUACCAGCACUGCAGGACUGAGCAGACAGACGGUGGCUGCUACCGCCGCCACCACCACCACCUCAACAGCAGCAGCAGCAGCAGCAUCUGAGAAGCAAGUGCGAACGCAACCUGUGCUGAAUGAUCUGAUGCCAGACAUCGCUGUGGGUGUGUCCACACUGUCACUCAAGGACAGGAGGCUUCCAGAGCUUGCUGCAGACACAGAAUUAAGCCAGUCAGUUUCUGAAGCAGGACCAGGGCCUCCCCAGCAUCUGUCAUGUAUUCCACAGAGACAUACACACACUUCUCGGAAAAAACACACACUAGAGCAAAAAACAGAUGCCAGAGAAAAUCCACAGGAAUAUCCGGAUUUCUAUGACUUCUCAAAUGCUGCUUGCAGACCUUCUACUCCUGCUCCCGGCAGACGCACCCCUUCCCCUUCGCAAGGUGGAUAUUUUGGUCCCGAUUUGUACAGCCACAGUAAGGCAUCACCAAGUGGCUUAAAGUCAGCCUACCUACCUGGCCAGACGUCUCCUAAAAAACAGGAAGAAGCUAGGAGAGAAUAUCCACUUUCCCCUGACGGGCAUCUACACAGACAAAAGAAUGAGCCGAUACACCUGGAUGUUGUCGAGCAGCCUCCCCAGAGGUCAGACUUUCCUUUGGCAGCCCCAGAAAAUGCUAGUACCCAUGUCAGGGGACGAACCACAGUAGAAACUGACUUGACUUUUGGGCUGACUCCUAACAGACCUUCACUUUCUGCAUGUAGCGCUGAAGCUCCUGAAGAGAGAUCCAGUAGAAGACUGGCAGACAGUGAGUCCCUGGGCCAUGGAGCUCAGAGAAAUACAGAUUUGGAAAGGGAAGAUUCAGUAAGCAGAGGAAGGAGGUCACCAAGCAAGCCGGACUUCCUCUACAAAAAAUCUGCCCUCUGAGAGCAACCUCCAAGUCGUCUGUGCCUGAGAUGUGAAACAUCCCAUUUUAUGAUGUAACCCAACAACUUACAGACCAGUUUAUCAACGCCAGCUGACAACUCGGUUUCACAUUAUUUUGGUCUAGUUUUUGUGUGUAUAUGUGUUAGACAUGGCAUGCUAGGAGGUUUUUUUUUUAAUGUUGCAUCUGUCUAAUUUGUGUUUGAACAAUUAUGUCGGGAAGCAUUUUUAAGAGCGAGCUGGCACUUUCUAUUUCUCUUUACAAAUGAUGGAAUUUUUUUGCACUUGUACAUUUAUUUUCUCUGUAUUGAUUUUAUAUUAGUAUGUUAAACUUUAUUGCCACAUUUAAAGGACUGUAUUUUCAUACUUUUUUGCAUUUUACCUUUCAUCUACCAAUCCAUGUGCAUUGGAUUGCACACUAAGAUGUAUUUUCUUAUGAAAUAGUUCUGUGUUUAUUUUUUAAUUAUAGAAAUUCCAAAGAACAGCACAUCAGAAUGCUCCUCUCUUUUCAGUAAUUGUUUCAGUUCAGAAAUCUUCCCGCCCAGUCUCCAUAAAUCUAAUGUCUUUUUUUUUUUUUUUAACAAGUCCUGGGAGCUGGGCUUCAUUCCUCCAGCGAGAGUCCAGUCAGGGUCCUGAAGUUUACUGGUUCAGGAAAGAACAGGAGGGAGAAAAGCCUUCUGUGUCCAGGCUGAAGCCGUCCAUUUCCACAGUGUGGAUGCAAUCAGAAUCCCUACACAUUCUGGUCAGAAGGAUUAGAGUAUCACCAGAAGAGGCUCUAAGGAGAUUGGAUCCCUUGGAAUUAGAAAGCAGUGGAGAUGGGGCGCAGUGGCUCUCACUUGUGAUCGGCACUUCGGGAGGCCAAGGCGGGAGGAUCACUUGAACUCAGGAGUUCAGGACUGGCCUGGGCAACAUGGUGAAACUCUAUUUCUAUAAAAAAUGCAAAACAAAAAACAAAAAAAAAACCCUAGCCGGGCGUGGUGGUGUGCACCUGUAGUCCCAGCUACUUGGGGAGCUGAGGUGGGAGGAUCACUUGAGCCCAGGAGGUUGAGACCGCAGUGAGCCAAGAUUGUACCACACCACAGCACUCCCGCCUGGGCAACAUUGAGACCCUGUCUCAAAAAAGAAAAAAGGGGCAAUGGAAAUAGUGAAAUAACUUAAAGGUCACACUGACAGUUUCUAGUUCUGAGUGUCAACUCUCCAGUUGCUUGCGAUGGGGGAACUGACUGCUCGCUGCCUUUAACUGUCUUGCUCUCUAUGGGGAAAAAAAAAAAGGGCUUCAGUCUUAUAGAUGUUAUUUGGUGUUUGUAAACAUACGUUUUCUUUUAAACGAUUUUCAAAGUAUGUCUACAUUUUGGUGUCCUAUAAAAAGUUGUUGUAUAAUGCAUAGUGCUUUCUCACCAACAGAAAAAAAGGAAAAAAAUUGUUUUCAGUUAAACACUACAUGUCCUACUUGAACUCCACUGGGAUGCUGGUUUGGCAUUUACUAAGCCACUGAGCACAUGGGGUCUUCCAGGAUCCUCUCCCUUGGAAGGGCAAUGUGUGAGCUAAGGACUGUUUUUUUCUUACUCUCCAAUGUAAAUAUAUUAGGAUUUGAGUUUUUAAAUCACUUCAACAUUAUUUGAGCAUUUACUUUGUAUUUUUGCAAACACAUAAACACACAGCCGUAGCACUUAGAAGAAAAGAGGCUUUCUAAACAUUCCUUCAUAUGUAGGAUAUUUGGGAGCCUCUUUUCUAUGUAUGUAUAUAUAUAAAAAACUAUGAAUCACUCACACUCACUCUAAAACUAUGCAGGGCUAGGGAGCCUUUAUGAGCUACCAGAUAAAUGAAUUACAUGCACUUUGAAGUAAAUAGUUUUUCUAUUGGGUGUCAACAACUCUGCUUUCUCCCAAAACUAUAGUUUCUCUUAUGGUCUUUUCCUCCUUUACCCUGUGGAUAUACACUCAGGAAUAAUCUGACAUUUUAGAAAACCCUAACAGUAGAUAGUCUCCAAGAUGGGAAAUAUACUGUGUGUCUGCACGCACGGGUGGCAAACUGCCACCAGUCGCUCUGCUGUGCUGGUGCACUCGGUGAUGCUUGUGGUUGUUGUACAAGCUCCCGAGCUCCCAGAGUUAACACUAAUCUGCAGGUCGGCUGUGCGUCGCAUUCGAGCCUCCUUUUUUGAAGAGAAAAACAUAGGCCUCUGUUCUCGCUUGUAAGAAGUUUGACUCAUAAUAGACAAUAGUGUCUUUUGAAGCCCAGUCUGUCUUCAGAAACAAAAGCGAAGGCCAUCAUAUUCCUUAAUGUGUGUUUCUCUUAUCACAUAUGUAUGUUGACAUGUUCAUGUUUUGAUACAGUUUUAUAUUUCUAUUCUGAAUCAGACUGUACUGCGCCAGUACUGCAAGGAAGAAUCAGUAGACCUAAUUUGGAUGGGGAGAAAAAGUCUUAUCUCUGACCCGUUUUGUUGUGGUUUUUUUCCCAAAUGUUAAACCGGAGCUGUUGAUCCCACACAUUCAUUUUUCUGAAAAUGUAUGAACUAUUCUCAUAUCCCUGAAGUAUAAUUAUAAAAAUAGGUGGCCACUAUUCUUAAGAUUAUUUAGUUUAUAAAGUUUGCUUUUAAUCAUACAGUAGCUUACCUGGCUAAACUAUGUGUAUAAAGAGAAAACUUGCUUUAAUCCCUGGGAUUUCGGACCGGUGUGACUUGCGGAAGGUAAAGAGGUGGGUUUGUGCGUGUUAGGUUAGGUGUUAAAUGCUUUUAAUGUGUCUGGGGAAGUGUGGUUACUAGGGUAGGUUGAAGAGCUAUGUGCCUCUGGCUUCCAACCCAUCUAGUAAAUCUUUUUAAAUUCUGUACUAAGGUAAAUGUGAAGUCUGAGUAAGGUUGCUCUCAGAAGGAAAAGCAUACAUAUGUGUAAUAUAAAAUUUAGGCCAUGGGAACUGUCAUUUUACUUGGUAUAGGAUUUUAAUGAGAACCAAAUCACAAAAAUACCAGAUCUCCUUUUGAGGUCAUGGACAAUCAGGCCGUUUGGACAAUCACCACUUCCAGUGUCUGCUGUGCGUUGAGGUUAGAGAACUACCAUUUACAUGCUAGGGCCAAGGAGGACAUUCGAGUUUCUUAAAGACGCUGUUGGUCUUUUUCUUACGUUACUGUUUUAGUUUUGUGAUUUUGAUGAAUAAUUUAAGUUCAGAGUCACUGGUGGCUCCUAAGAAAAAAGCAGCACGAAAGGCAAAAAGUAUUUGAAACAUAGUUGUGUAAAUUUUCCAUGCCCAUUCUUUAGCUCACAUGCCCCCUUUAGCUUUAUUUCUGGGAACAUGUCCUUAGACCUCAGCUAGCCUGACACUGCAAUAACCCGUUAGGCUUUAAGGCUUUUCAGUGAAUUCUUGACAUUUCAGUCUUAUAGAAUUCUCUCUGAAACCUUACCUAAGUCUUGUUUUUGCUUCCUCAGAAACUUUUUAUUACACCUGCCAUCCUUCACUGGAUUUUUCUUUUGGUUUGUUGUUGCCGUCCUAGCAAUGAGCUUAGUUCUUGUACCUCUGCAUAAAGAUGCCGAUGCCGAAGGCAAGGUGGAAGUUCGCGCCACACAGUGGGGCUCACAGCCGUGUGCAUCGCUCUUUAGAGUUGAAAGGAUUGACAUUUCUCAGUAACUACCCAGCAAAAUACCUAUUUUCAUAAUGUUGAAUUUGCCUUUUAGAAAAAAAAACGUUUCAUGAAACACUUGUAAGAUACUUAUCUUGAAAUUAACUGCAAGGCAUUCAUGUUUUUAGGACUGAAUUCAAAGGGAAAUGCUUCUUUGACUUUUUUCACUGUUCGGUUGCCUUUCGGCUCUCUGUACUAUUAAAGCAGCAGUGAUGGGUGCUAUUCCCGGUUCUGCAGUGGUUUACUUUGUCUACUAAGUGAUUUCCUUUUAAACCUCAUUACCGAUAAUCUUACUGAAAGACUGAACGUGCACACUGCUAAAAGGUGUUUUACUGUUUUCCAUUAACAGUGUUGUAUGAGCAAUGUUUGGUGACAUGUUUUCUCUUUGUCCUGUAGAUUGUCAUGUCUGUUAUGUAGCUAUCGUAUUGGCAAGUCCUUUGCUUUUUUUUCCUCUAGAAAAUCCUCAGACUGUCAGUCUUUCAUAUUCUGAAUAUUAUAAUGCUGUGGCCGUUUCUAUAGAAAGAUGACUUGCAAGUGUGUGUCUUGAAAAUAACUUCUUAUGUUUGUGUGUUUGUGUGAGUUCUAAGAGGUCAGAUAAGCUCUGGACGCUUCAUCGUCUACCUGCACGUGACUCCGUAUCUGGGUUACAUGGGCAGGCAACACUGAGUCCUGCUCUUAGAUGGGGUGGCUGAGAGAUAAAGGUUCCUGAACUCAACUUGCUGUGUAUGUACCACAUCUGUACACAGAGAGGUGGAAAACCAUCUACAACACUGCAUUUCUUGUGGUUGUGCUGUUACUGGUAUAAAGUCAAGUGCCUUCAAUGCUAAAGGCUCAGAAAAUUUUCAAACUGAUUCCAUGUCCUAUGCAAGUGUUUUUUACAACCUGCAUAACCAGUACUUUGUAAAACUUGUUUACGCUUCAAUUGUACAUAGUGAUUUUUAAAGAAAUAUAUAGUAUUUUUAUUUAGGUACCUCCAAACUUGAAUUCGUCUGUGUGAAGCGUUGUAAAACAAUACAUUUCUCUUUUGAGUACCAUUACUGUUGUACAGAGGUUUUCACUGCUUCUAUUUUUCUACUGUUACUGAUGAGCAUGUAACACUGACUUUAUCCUACAUAUAGUUGGCAUUUCAAAUAAAUGGCUUGUAUAGAA